AUGCCGCCGCCGAUAGGUACCCUCGUCCACGCCCUCGGCCACAAUUGGCUAGGCCAGGCCGACAUUGCCGUCCAAACGGUCCUGCUGGCGGCCGGGUUCACGGCGGUUGGUCUACGGCUAUGGUCGAGGCAUUUGCAGAAGGCCUCGUGGCAGUGGAAUGAUCGGUUGAUUCUGAGUGCCACAGUCCUCAUGCUUGGUCGUUACAUCAUUGAGCUGAUGUUGAUUUUACUCUGUGGUCUGGGUCUCCAUUCAUUGGAGGUGGCUCGGACCGGAGGGCCAGAGGCUUUUGUCCGUUUCAACCAGCUGACGUAUGCGGGAAACUUGGUGGGAUGUACAGUGGUCUAUUUGGUUCAGGGAUCUGUUCUGCAUUAUUACCUCCGCAGAUUCCAGCAGCAGGUCAUCAUGUGGCUGAUCUAUACCGUGAUGAGCUUGUGUACAGCUCUGUGGAUUGCAACUUUCUUCGCCACGGCAUUCUUCUGUGAUCCGCCCAGCAAGGUCUGGUGGGCUGAUGCGCAGGGUCAUUGCGGUGACCGAAAGACCCUGCAUACCGCCACUACGGUGAGCGAGGUCAUUCUCAAUGGGUUCAUAUUACUUGUGCCUCUGCCGAUUGUACGGCAUAUGAGGUUAGCCCGGGCCAGAAAAGUCGCCCUCGGGCUGACUUACAUUCUGGGUAUCGCCAUACUUGCCAUCACGGCAGUUCGCAUCAAGCUUGAGGACAAGCUCGACCCAGAGGACCCAACCUACGGGUCGGCUCGAGUAUCACUUAUUUCAUGCAUUGCUUCCCUUCUCGGUAUCAUUGUCGUCUGUUUACCACUACUGCCUCCGGCGAUUCAAAGGCUCUUUGGAACCUCCAUUUUCUGCUCCAUGGCAGAUGGACCAGUCUCUGACUCGCCAUCUGCCGAAUACUGGAAGACGACAGUCAUGGGGGAGCAAACCGAGGAGCCUGAAAUUCCUCUGGUGACAGUGGCACCGCCUCCCAUGGCGAAGAAAUUGACUGAGCUGGCUCAGGGACAGAUUAAAAUUACUUCGGAUUGGGAGAUCCACUCUGCGAGGAAUUCCGCGCGGUUGGAUAGGGAGUCGAUACGACGGGACUAG